AUGAUCCGCUACGGAGUGGACACUUUUCGCGGCUGCCGAGCUCCAUUCCGCUGCUGGCUGAGUGCCAGGGAUUCCCUGAUGGUGACCAUUGCCUUUACCCUGGGCAUCACUCCGUUUCUGGUGCGGCGCAACGCGCUGGGGAAGACGUCCUUGGAGCAGUCCUGGUAUGGAUUCGUGAGUGCCAUUUUGCGCUGGCUGCUGCUCGCCUACUGCUACCGCUACAUCAACCUGAGCAACGAGAGCCUGAUUGGCUAUUUCAUGAGGAACCAUGUGUCCCAGAACAUGGUGCAGGCCGAUGAACAGCUAGACCGCCUGCGAAGUCCCGUCAACUUCAACACGGUGGUGGGUCAGGUUGUGCUGGUCGUCUUGGCGGUGGUUCUCCUGGACACUGCCCUAGUUUGCCUUGCCAAACUGGAGGUGUACGCCUCGUGGCAACUCACCUGCAUUUUUGUCUACGAGCUCUUGGCCAAUUCCAUCACCAUCUGCAUGUUCUGCCUGAUGACCAGGACGGUACAGCGAAGAAUCGCCUGCCUUCACAAGUUCGUCUGUGGCGAAUAA